AAAAAGAUUUCAAGUAAAUUUAGGAUAACUAGUAUAGAUUUAGUAGACCUUAGAUGAAUAUUUUUGGCACCUUGGUCUAAUGUUAGAAGUUUUCUUGCCUCCCCUAGUCUCAUAAAAAGAAGGCUUCUCUUCGCCAAGACCACGAUCAACCCUUAUCAAACAUUCUCAUCACCAGAUUGGGAGGCGUCAAGAUGAGCGCCGACGUUCUUGCUGGCGGAAAGGCGAACCCGUCAAUGGGCGUGGAGACGAGGAACGACAACAACGGCGAUCUUGUAACGGCCACCGAGGAGCAGAGCCUUCAGCGCGGUCUGCAUGAGAGGCAUCUUUCUAUGCUGGGUAUCGCUGGCGCUAUUGGCACGGGUCUCUUUCUCGGUCUAGGUCAGUCUGUUCAGACCGGUGGUCCUCUCGGCGCGUUGCUUGGAUAUGCGACUGUUGGUCUUGUCGUGUGCGCCGUGCAAUUCGCAUUGGGAGAAGUCGCUGCGUUAUUGCCGGUCACAGGAGCUUUUGUACGGCAUGCCGAAUUUCUCGUCGAUCCCGCCUGGGGGUUCGCAAUUGGAUGGAAUCUGGUUUACGGCAACAUUCUGUCGAUCCCUUCAGAGAUCACGGCCAUCUGCGUGUUGUUCGAGUUCUGGACCGACAUCAACCCGUCGCUAUGGAUCAUGAUCUUCAUCGUCCUGACCACAGUCGUCGGUCUCUGCUUCGUCCGGGUUUUCGGCGAGGUUGAGUUCUGGUUCGCCCUUCUCAAAAUCCUCUUGGUCGUAUUCCUCAUUAUCCUAGGGUUGGUCAUCAACUUAGGAGGCGUCCCUGGCACAGAGCGAAUUGGCUUCAGAUAUUGGAAGGACCCAGGGCCGUUUGUCGAAUAUAUCGCUACGGGAAGUUGGGGCCAGUUCCUUGGAUAUUGGUCUGUCAUGACCAGCGCUGUGUUCUCCUUCGCGGGCGUGGAAUCUAUCGCCAUGGCCGCUGCCGAAACGCGGAACCCUGCGCGUGCUAUCCCUAAGGCUUGCAAGAACGUCUUCAUCCGAAUUCUCGUCUUUUACAUCUUGGCCAUCCUCAUUGUUGGUAUGCUUGUGAGAAGCGACGACGAGAGACUGAACGACCAGUCCGGAGCCGCAGGGCAAAGCCCCUUUGUCAUCGCAGCCUCGGCGGCCGGUAUCCCAGCGAUCCCCUCCGUUGUCAACGCCGUUGUCAUAACUUCCGCGUGGUCGGCUUCCAAUCAGAGUCUUCUCGCCGGUACCCGUGUUCUCUAUGGUCUGGCCCUCAAGCGACAGGCGCCUCAGAUCUUCCUCCGCACAACCGCGUGGGGUGUGCCUUACGUCUGCGUGCUCUUCUUCACUUGCUUCAUGUUCCUCAGCUUCAUGAGUCUCUCAAAUGGAGCUAUGACCGUUUUCUGGUGGCUAGUCGACCUGACAGCGGCGGGAGUUCUGAUCUCCUGGGCGUCAAUCUUGUUGAAUCACAUUCGUCUGCGCCUUGCGAUGAAAAAGCAAGGAAUUCCGGUCGAAAGCCUGCCCUGGCACAACUCUUGGACUUUCUACUCUUCUUGCGCCGGUUUGUUCAUGACUCUGCUUAUCCUCCUCACGGGCGGUUUCCGCGUCUUUACCAGGGGUAACUGGGAUCCCGUUGGCUUUGUAUCAUCCUACUUGGAUAUCCCUCUUGUUACCGCAGCGUACUUGAUUUGGAAGUUUGUCAAGAAGACCAAGGUCAUGCCAUUAGCAGAGAUACCCCUUCAGGAUGCUUUCAGAAAGUCGGAGGAGGACCACGAAGUGGUGACCGCUUAGGCAUAGGAGCCCCAGGGAGCAAGAAAUCUUCUGGCGUUAAACCAAGGUGCUUAAACCAAGGUGCCAGAAGUACCUAAUGUAGGAUUUACUAAAUCUAUACUUAAUUAUACUAACUUUACCUAUGUCUUUUUUGGCACUUAGGAUAAAGUCCCAACACAUAGGAUAGAAGUCCUAAGUUUUCUUACCUCCCCUUGAGGGGGUAAUACUAGCGUA